AUGGGACUGCACCAGGGGUCAGCACUGAGCCCGUUCCUGUUUGCCAUCAUCAUGGAUACCCUCACAGACAACAUCAGGAAGGAAGCUCCAUGGAGCAUGAUGUUCGCGGACGAUAUGGUGCUCUGCUGCGAGGGGAAAACCGAGCUGGAGGAGAACCUAGAGAGGUGGCCCGAUGGACAGGAGAAGAGAGGAAUGAAAGAGUCGAGAGCGAAGACAGAGUACAUGUGCUUGAACGGAGUCCCCGGAGGAAGCGUACGGAUACAGGACCAACGGUUGCCAGAAGUAAAAGAAUUUAAGUACCUUAGGAGCACGUUGCAAGCGGAUGGAGGAGUGGAUGCAGAGAUUAGCAGAAGGAUUCAAUCAGGAUGGAACAACUGGAAGAAGAUGAGCGGUGUGUUGUGUGACAAGAGGAUCCCAACCAGAGUGAAGGGAAGAUCCAACAGACAGUGA